AUGAUUAGAUCUGAUAGUUCUAAUAAUGAUUUAGGAGUCCCUAGUAGACCCCAUUCUCGUAAUAGAUCAAGAUCAAUCUCAAUAUCUAAAUUACUAUUAUUUAAUUCAAUUAAUGCUUCCAAUAAUAAUUCAGACAAAGCUGGUAACUUUGCCAAUGAUUCAACCAAAACUGAAAGAUCUGUAAGUCAAACAUCAACAUCUCCAUCAUUAAAUCAAGAUACAACUAACUUUAUCAAAUUAAAGAAUUUGUUCAGACUUUCAUCUACUUCAAGUGUUAAUUCAAAACAUAGCGAAACUUCAUUGAAAACUCCAAAAUCAGAAUACGGAUUUGAUGAUGAAUUUGAAGAUCAAGCUAUAAGCCCAACCCCUUAUAAAUCUACUCCUCUUGGUAGAAAGAGAUCUGUUUCUUCACCUCCUGGUAAGAAUUAUGACUAUUCCGAUUCACUUUCAAAUCAGAUCAUUCCGGAAAAUGGACGAUUUGAAAAUUUUAAAGACAAUGCAUCAACUCCUCGAUUAAAUACAUCAGUAAAUUCUCCAACAAAUGAUGGUUCUAAACACAAAGAUUCCCCAGUUAUGAGUUCAAAUUUAUAUUUUGCGUAUCAGGGCUUACCUCCUCAUCAAACAGGGAGUAACAGACAUCAUCAUUUGCAAAUAAAUGACGAGUCUAUAACUAAACAUGAUGAUAUUUCUGUAUCAUUAAGACAUAAUGACUCGGUAUUUUCAUUGAGUGAUUCAGGAGUAUUAAAGCCUCCUACAAAAGCUCAUCAUAAAUCUGAAGAUUCUCCUAUAACUACUCCGAUAUCAACACCAAAAUUAACUGCCAUUCGUGAUAGUUCAGAUAAUCAACUUCAACCUCAAUCAAUUCAAUUACCACCAAAAGCUCCAGCAAUCGUUGAAGAAAAAUCUAUGGUGGAAGGAACCAAAACUGAAAAGGAGAUUAGUAAUGAAAUACCAGGAACUUCAUCUACAUCUUCAUUCCUGAGGACUUUGCGUAGAGUAGCUUCUGCUCCAUUAGUUCAUCGUCUUUUAAAUGAUUCAGCUCGAUCAUCUCCUGAUCCUAGUAAAUCUCCGGCAGAUAAGUUAUCUUCUGAGAAACAAGAAGAAGAAUUUGAUUUAAAUAAGCAUAUUGGUGAAUUAAACAAAUUCCAAGGAAAUAGACCUAGAACAUAUACACAAGAAAGAAUGUAUUCGAAUGCAGCAACAAAAAUUGUUGAUGUUCAAGUAGGUCCCGAAUGUUUCGAGAAGAUUAAAUUAUUGGGUAAAGGUGAUGUUGGGAAAGUUUAUCUUGUAAAGGAGAAAACUUCAAGUAAAUUAUAUGCUAUGAAAAUCUUAUCCAAAAAGGAAAUGAUUGAACGUAAUAAAAUAAAACGUGCAUUGGCAGAACAAGAGAUUUUAGCUACUUCAAAUCAUCCUUUUAUUGUCACCUUAUAUCAUUCAUUUCAAUCAAAUGAUUAUCUUUAUCUUUGUAUGGAAUAUUGUAUGGGUGGAGAAUUUUUUAGAGCUUUACAAACAAGAGAAACUAAAUCUAUUCCAGAAGAUGAUGCAAAAUUUUAUGCGGCUGAAGUAACGGCCGCUUUAGAAUAUUUGCAUUUGAUGGGUUUCAUAUAUCGUGAUUUAAAGCCUGAGAAUAUCUUAUUACAUCAAUCUGGACAUAUUAUGUUAUCAGAUUUUGACUUAUCAAAACAAAGUGAAAGUGCCAAGAAUCCGACGAUUUCUUUCAGUAAAUCAUCUAGUCAUUUGAAUAGUAUCAAUCCAGGUCACGGUAAUCAUCAUAAUGGUCCUACAAUUGAUACUAAAGCAUGUAUUGAUGGUUUUAGAACUAAUUCAUUUGUAGGUACUGAAGAAUAUAUUGCUCCAGAAGUUAUUAGAGGUAAAGGGCAUACUAGUGCUGUUGAUUGGUGGACUUUAGGUAUAUUUAUAUAUGAAAUGAUUUAUGGUACUACUCCAUUCAAAGGAUCGGACCGAAAAAAGACAUUUGCUAAUAUCUUAAAGAAAGAUGUUAAAUUUAUUGAUCCAAGUUUGACCAGUUCCAAUUGCAAAAGUUUAAUCAAAAAGUUAUUGAUUAAAGAUGAAGUGAAAAGAUUAGGUUCUAAAACUGGAGCAUCAGAAAUUAAGAGUCAUGCUUUCUUUAAAAAUACCCAAUGGGCAUUGUUAAGAAAUCAAAAGCCUCCUAUGAUUCCUGUAUUAACUAAAUCUUCUCCAUCGAAAAAGCAUGAGAAAAUCAUAGAUAACGAGGAUUCAAGCACAUUAACUUCAGAUUCUAAUAGUACUAAUACGGCUGCAAAAGCAAAAGUCAUUGACUCAAGUGAUCCUUUUGCAAAUUUCAGUUCCGUAACUUUACAUUACGGAGAUGAACUUACUGAAGAACAUUUAAAUAAUCAAAGUCUUAAUGUUAUGGAUGAUACUGCUUAUGGGAAUGUGGCUUAUACUAUAACCAGGAGCCCAAUGAAGCAAAAGGGAUUUUUGAAGAGAUAA